AUGAAUGAUCAACAAUACCAUGCAUCUGGCUUGUCGCCGACUUCGGACCAUGGGAGUCCAUCCAGAGAAGAUACUAGGACAUCGUCUGGCCAUGCUUGGAAGAAGAGGGUAUCAACUGCUUGUUUGGCGUGCAAGAAGUCAAAGCGGAAGUGCUCCGGGACAGCACCUUGCGACAACUGUCGUGCCUUUCAACGCACUUGUAUCUUCGAUGAAUCCCUUGACCAGCGCCGCCGUGUUGCGGCUAAACGCACAGCCGAUGAACUGGGCUACCACCGCGACCUUUUGAACGAUCUGUUCAAGUUGGUCCGUGAAGCAGACGAGUCUUGUGCUUUGGAGCUGCUGGAUAUCAUUCGACGUAAUGCUCCUCCCCAUGAGGUCAGGUCCUAUAUCAAUGAGACGCUGGCUACCCUUGGUGCAGAUAACACCACGCCUCGUGAGACGGUGGCUAGGCUAGAGGACGCGCGCUACAUACUCAAUGUCGAAGCUGAUGGCCCUGCAUUUCGAAGCAAGGUGAUGGAUAUUCAUUACCUUUGUGACGAGGCUCCGUUAAAGGUCCCUGCCCAUCCGUGGACAAACGUCACAGACGACGCAGAUCUAGUGUCCAACCUCGUCUCGCUUUAUUUCACCUGGGACUAUCCAUUCCAAGGAGGGCUGGACCGAGAUGUCUUUUUGAGGCAUAUGGUUAGCGGAGAUCUGCGAUCGGAGUUUUGUAGUCCCUAUCUGGUGAACGCGAUGUUAAGUAAUGCCUGUUAUUUCUCAGAGUUUUCGGAAGCAUACGGCGUCCCCGGGAAGAUUUCUUCCAAAGGGUGCGAUUUUCUCGCCGAGGCUGAGAGACUGAAAGAGCUCCAAAGCCCACAGCCUAGUCUUGUCUUGUUGCAAGGAACGCUUCUCAUGUAUGAGAGAUAUGCCAUGUCACAAAACAACGACCUGGGAUAUAUCACCCUCCAUGAAGCUAUCCGCAUUGGUGAAUCGCUGGGCUUGGUUGGAGACAAAGGGCCCAGAAUAGCCUCGGACCAGCUAUCGAAGGACAUGGAUUUGUCGUGCAGAAGGGCAGCGUGGGGACUUUUCAACAUUGACACACCCUGUCUGAUAGAUCAUGUCAACCUUCCCCGUAUCGAGGAUGAAUCAGAUGAAUCCUCCGGUGGUCAGCCCCUGUGGACCCCUUAUCCGACGCAUCGGAAGCCACGCCCAUCAUACCUCAAACCAUUUCUCGACGAGGCAUGCAACUUGUCCACCAUUGCGCGUGAUAUUUCACGUAGCAUGUUUGCCGGUGAUGCGCGAGAUGAGUCGCUUCAGCGCCAGAAUCGAGAGGUAUUGUAUGAGCGACUGCUACGAUGGCAGGCUUUGUUACCCGAUGCAUUUGCCUCAACGGACCCACCACCGCAUAUCAUUUUGUUGAAAAUGCGAUACCAUACCUUGACCAUCAAUCUAUUCAGCUGUAUCUCCGACAGCGAAUUCUCCAGUAUUACGUCCGAAGCGCCUCAUACACCCGAAAGCCCUCCACGCCAAACCCCUGAAUCCAAGUAUAAUGCUUGGGAGGUCACACAAUCGGCAGCCCGAGGCAUCGCUGAGCUCGCGCAGUUACAUCGCCAAGAAUAUGGAUUGAGUCGCGCGCAUCAAUUCGCCAUGUACGCAAUCAACCUUGCGCUAUUUACCCUAUUGGAGCAGGAGGGCUUUGACGUUGUCGAUGAAGAUUUCCUCUCCCUGGCGAGCGCAUUCUCCAUCGUUGCUAGCCGAUCGGCACUCGGGCGAAACCUGUUUCACAUCUUCCGGCAAUCCGUGCGGGCCAAGGCCCAGGGGGAUCGGAUUCGGGGGGCAAGUUCAAUUUCGGAUGAGCUCAAGGACCUGUUUGAUGAGGACUCGACCGGGCGAGGUCAUGAUCGCUUUGAUGCUUAUGCCGAAGGUUUGGAGAAACUAAAUCAAGAGCAAAAAUAUCAUGGCAUUGGCAGCGAGGGCGGCGCCAACCUCCAGGAUUAUCCUGGGAUGGGGCUCUCGGACAUGCUUGAUCGGUAUGAAAGUCUAAGUCUGGGCAAAGAUGACGUGUUCUUGGAAAGACAUCGUCCCGCGGGGUGUUGA